AUGGCGGACGAGGUAUCCAAGCACGGCUCCGAUGCCCUCCAACUCGAGAAGCCCACCGUCGAGACAAUGGAAGGGUCUACCCCUGCCACAGCGUCCGCUGGAAUGGACCCGGCACGACGGGCUCAGGUCGAGAAGACCAUGAAGCGCAAGCUCGAUGCCCGCUGCUCCAUCUUCGUUCUCAUCUACAUCAUGAACUACCUCGACCGAAACAACAUGGCCGCUGCUCGUCUCAAGGGUCUCCAGGAAGAUCUGGACAUGAACUACAGCGAAUACGCCACCUGCCUCAGUAUUCUCUAUGUCGGGUACAUUCUGAUGCAGGUGCCGUCUAACAUCUUCAUCAACCGAAUCCAGCGGCCCUCUCUAUACAUCUCGAUCAUCAUGCUCCUUUGGGGUCUUGUCUCGACUUUGUCGGGCGUUGUCACCAACUUCAGCGGCAUGGUUGCUAUCCGUUUCUUCCUGGGCUUCGUGGAGGCUGCUUUCCUGCCCGGUGCUCUGAUGAUUUUGUCCAAAUGGUACACUCGCAAAGAACUUACCGUGCGGAAUGCCAUCCUUUUCUGUGGUAACCUCAUCUCGAAUGCCUUCUCUGCCCUUGUCGGUGCUGGAGUUCUUUCCAACAUGCAGGGCACUCUUGGCCAUGCCGCAUGGCGCUGGCUCUUCUGGAUUGAGGGAGCUGCUACGAUGACAAUUGCCAUCUCUUCGGCAUUUAUCCUCCCCGAUCUGCCUACCAACACCCGCGGUUUCACCGAGGAGGAACUCCUUGUCGCUCAGAUCCGAAUGACUGAGGAUGUCGGCGAGGCUGAUGUUGAUUCCGAGGACCAAGGACCCUGGGAUGGCCUGUGGAUGGCCCUCAAGGAUGUCAAAAUCUACAUCAUGAUGUUCACCUUUACCGCUUACGUUGUCGGCCUCUCUUUCAACGCCUUCUUCCCCUCUCUCACCGAAACCCUCGGUUUCGGCUAUGUCCCAACUCUGCUCAUGAGCGCACCCCCAUGGGUUUUCUCUUGCCUUUUCUCGCUCUGCGUUGCCUGGAGCUCCGAUCGAUACCAGGAGAAGUUCUGGCACAUCGUUGGCCCUAUCCUCAUCGGCCUCAUCGGGUUCAUCAUCUGCAUGUCAACGCUCAACGUCGCAGCCCGUUACGUUGCUCUCUUCCUCCAAGCCGCCUCCUACGCUGGCUUCAUCGUCUUCUACUCCUGGAUCAGUACAUCCUUCCCGCGUCCACCAGCCAAGCGUGCCGUCGCAAUCGCCCUCGUCAACGCCUUCUCCCAGCUCGGCAACGUCGCAGGCUCCUACGUCUGGGACCUUACGGACAACGGAUACCGCAAGAGCUACGGCAUCGUCACUGCCAUGUUCGGAUUCACGAUAAUCGGGUGCUUCGUGUUCAAGCUUGUCUUGGAGAGUCUGAACAAGAAGCUUGCCGAGGCGGAGGUUGCGGAUGUUAGUGCUGGCCGCCCCGUUGCCGAUGUGGUGGUUGGUGAGGAUGCGGAUGAGAGUCUCCGGAUGCACAAGGGAUUCAGAUAUCUUACUUAG